UCAACAUGGCCGCGACGUCGGCAGAGAAAACGCUCAGAAAAAAUCGUGCCUCUACAAGAUACUUUUGCCUCCGCCCUAAUGUGUUAUGAUUAACUCCUUAAAACACCGCGAGAAUACCCCCUAAAGUACAGUGGCAAAAGCGAAAAAGCACAACAAAAAUAUAUCAAACAGAAAAUAAAUCUUCAAAUAAUUCUACACAAUUGCUCAAUUCAAAAAUUAGUGCUCUUAAAAAGCUUCAAAAGCAAGUGAAGAAAGUCAAAGAAAGAAGCCUAAAGAAAGUCCAGAAAAGUGCCUGAAACCCAAUGUGUUUUUCCUGAAGUUAAAACCCCUUAUACAAUCCCCCCACCCCAAAAUCCGGCUUUAAUUCCCCCAAAGCCCCUACUUUUCACCUGGUUUCCACAUUUUUAAAUCGAUACAACGAUUCCUCAACAAAACGACACGAGCUGCACACAUGAGUUGGAUUAAUAGAAGUCAACUGAAAUAGGCCGAAGCACCCAGGAGCACAGCUGGAAAUAUUAUGGAAAAAGCGAAGGCAUAUAUCAAGAAUGAACUUCGCGGUGGCAGUCAGCAAUCCGAGCCAGCAACGACGCCCACGCCGCCCUCGCCGGCCUCUGCGCCUGGAACGCUUCAAGCGACCAAGCAUCCGUAUCCGCCAAUGGAACUGAUGCCCUCUCCCGGAGCAGCAGCCCAUCGCACACGGACACCCAGUGAGCAGUACCACCUGGGCUAUCCGCCACAUCCCGCCCAGCAUUACUAUCCGGGACACGGAGGAGGUGGAGGAGGGGUCAAGUCCACGGGAAGAGCCUCAGAACCACCCGAGCAUCAUCAUGUGCCCAUGUCCAUUUGCUUUGUGUGCGGUGGUCAUGGUGGCUAUGAGCCGCAACCCCUGAGGAUACGCCACAAUCCCGAACGUCCCGGGGAGUCAUAUUUCCCCUUUCUGGAGCGUCACGAACCGCCUAAUGGGGUGGCGGGUGUGUCACCUGCCCAGGAGUACGUUUGGGCCUGUAUGCUCUGCUUUCGAUCCCUGAACGAGCAAUGGGACUCGUAUGAGCGCCAGAAGAAACCCCUGCUGCAGCGCAUCUACCACAUGAAGCGAGUGGAUGGCAAGGGGUAUAUAGGAGCAGAUGUGGCCACCCAGAGCGAGUAUGCUGCUCAGGUAUUGGGUCUGAGUGCUGAGCACCUCACCCAAAAUGGACUGGUUGAGGGUCAUGGCGACCCCUAUGCCCUAGCUCGCCACUAUUCGCCGCAGCAACAGUCUUCGCAUCAUCACCACCUCAGUACCUCAAGGAAUGCCUCACCCUCGCCCAAUCCCAGUGCUGCUGGUGGCGGUGGCGGCGGUGACUUUUAUCCCCGGAACUCCACCCCCUCGAGCAACCACAACAGAUACCUGAGCAGGCCACAGUCGCGGGACAUGCCCGUGGCCUCGCCCACCUCACGACCGCCCAGCGAACCGCCGGCCAUUAAAACUGGCGGCUAUGCUCAGCAGAAGUACAAGCUCAGCCCUGCACCGCCGGCCGCCGCCGCAGCUGGUUACCCGGCCCAGGCGCCCUAUCAUCCCGCCCAGUAUCAGCAGCUCCAGCAGCAGACGGCUGCCUAUCACCUGCUGCAGCAGGCGACCGCUGGCGGUGGAGGAGCCACGGAGUCGGCCCACUACAAGGGUAAUCCCUACACUGCCCUGCCUUCGCCUGGAAGCGGCCAGGGACCGCCACCCAUCUCGACUCUAGAAGAUGACAAUGCCACCGUGCUGGAUCUGCGAAAUUCCUCCAGCUCCUCCAAUGCACCACCGCCAGCUCCUCGUCACGCAGCUAGUAGUGCUGCGGCACCGAUGCCAACCAGCCAGCCCCAGGCGGAGGUGGGUAUCCUGGACCUCUCCAUGCCCGACAAGAACUCCAUUACCGAGGUGUGCUACGUUUGCGGCGACGAGCAGCGCAGAGGUAGCCUCAUAGAGCUGAGCACGGUAAAGCCACGGGAGACCGGAAGACCUGGACAGCCGGCGGCCUACUUUCCCCUGUUCAACGAGCAGCAUCCACGGCCAGCUCGCUCGCGGCCAAAGGACCCGCGCGGCAUGAUCCAGGCCUGCCAGAUCUGCUACGAGGACCUCAUGCAGCAGUGGAACGCUCACCAGGCCUCCAACAAACCGGAAUCGGAGCGUUCCUAUCAGCUGCGAAAACGCUCUACGCCCGCGGCCGAGAGAACCACCUUCGUGUGCUACACCUGCGGAACGGACACGCCCUCAUCCCAGCUGCGACUGGUCUACUGCUGUCCGAAUGCCGAGAGGGAACCCUAUUAUCCAUUCAUCAAGACCAUGAAGGUCUACAAGAACGCUAGUCCAAUUAGUCCGCAGGGCAUGGUUCAGGUCUGUUCCACCUGCAAUGAGAAGCACAGCAACCUGGCGGAGGGGGGUCCCCCGCCAGCCACUUCCAGCAUCUCCCAUUCGGCCGUGGGUGGCGGCGGCAUUGGCUCACCCAGCGCUGGACAAUCGCUGGAAUCGAACUCCGUGGUGUACAGUGCCAGUGGAGCGAUAGCUGCGCCCUUUGGGGGUCGUAACUCACCAUCAGAGAAGUCCCUGGCCAAUUCAGACUCCAUGAGUAAUGUGCGGUUUAGGCCUUACGAGACGAACUCAAACAAUUCCAACUCAAACACGGCACGCGACCUCAAGCAAAUUCGUCGCUGCGAUUCGCGCCCAAAUUCGCCGAGUUCCAGCCAAGGAGGAGCUAUCGAGAAUGGGCACGGACAGUAUCCCUGCUCCAUUUGCAAAGUGCUUUGCCCUUCAAACAAAAUGGAUUGGCUGUCCACUAGUGCCGAGCACAUGAACUCCCAUGCCAUGCACUUUCCCUGUCUCAAGGCCAAUGCCGUUACCAGCAAUAAUAACAAUAAUAAUAGUAAUACCAAUAAUAACAACAACAAUAAUACCAAUAACAACAACAACAACAACGAGCUGAACAGCAAUCGCGUGUUAGCGUGCAAGGACUGCAAGGAUUACCUGGCCAGCCAAUGGGAGUCGAUGGAUGCGGAACGCGUCCCCCUCGAGCACAGAAGAUACAACAUUCCCUCGCCCAUGCUGACCUCCAGCUCACCAAACGGAUCUCGGCACGGAGCCAUGAGUAUCAACACUCCGCCCUCCACGCCAUCCAUAUCAUCGUCGACCCCUGCCAGCACCUCAAUCUACUGUUUCCUCUGCGGCCUGCACUCGGAUUUGACGUUAGCCAGGGUGCUCUAUGCCAGCAAAGAGGGUUCGAGGCCUUAUUUUCCGCUGUUACUCAAACACAAUUCACUACCCAAUGCUGAGCAACUGAGAAACAAUUCGGCCCUGGUCUGCACCUUUUGUUACCAUUCCAUGUUGAAUCAGUGGCGCAAAUACGAGGCCCAGAGUCCCAGCGUGAAUCCAGCGGAUCGUAAAUACAAUUGGCAUGAUUACAACUGUCACCUGUGCGGCAUAACGACUUAUAGGAAGCGUGUCCGGGCGCUGCCCGUCAACGAGUUUCCAUUUGUGAAGCACCAGAAGAGCGACGAUGGCCUGCUGUUGGAGAAUGGAGAAUAUGCGGUGGUCUGCCUGGAUUGCUACGAGAGCUUAAGACAACAAGCCUCGCAGCACGAUCGCUUUGGGGUGCCUAUUUCCAGGCGGGCCUACAACUGGGUGCCACAACCGCCUCCACCUGAGGACAGUCCCGAGUCGGCAGUGGCCCGUCUGCCCUGUGGCGAGCGCUCCGAUCGCAUUCUCAUUAGCAGUGCCUUGAGGCCCGUGCCAGGAAAGAAGACCACAUCGCCCAAGCAGUACGACAAGUCAAAAGAAGUGCCGCCAAAGGGUGGACAGAAGCGACCUGCCACCAGCCCUGCGCCGCAUAUCCCAGUGCCGCACCACCUGCAGACGCCUCCUGGUGGCGGUGGUGGUGGCGGCGGUGUGCCAGGAUCCACGGUGGCCAACAGCCCGGCGCCCACGUCGGCCGGCGGCAAUGCCCUGCUGAACCACGCCCUGCCCAGCAACCACAUCGGCACCCCAUCGCCGCAGCAUUCCCACCAGCAACACCAGCAGGCAGCGCAGCAGCACCAGGCCCAGCAGCAGGCUGUGGCCGCUGCAGUGCAGCAGCAACUGGCAGCAGGCGUGGGUUUGCCCCCAGGAGCCAUUGGAGCCGCAUCGGCGGCCAGUAGUCGUGGCUCCUUCGCCGCCGCCCUGCGCACGCUGGCCAAACAGGCGGACAACAAGGAGGACGAUGUGGGCGGAGAUAGGAGCGUACCCACUUCAGGGACAGGCGGACCACCGCCAUCGGCGGGUCCAGGACCGCUCAAUUCUGUGGCAGGACGUGUGGGCUCCGAGCGUUCUGGAGAGGAUCGAGUGGCCAGCAGCAAAAAGCGCUCACCGCCCUCGCCCCAGCCGCCGGAGAAGAUAGCCCGACUCAGUCACACGCCGCAAACGGCGUCACUGCAGCCGGAGCUUUUGGCCAGGAGCGGAUUCCAGCCUUAUAGAUCGGACGAGCGACUGAUGCAUCCGGCAGGCGCCUUUCCCCUAGAGGCGUACUCGCACUUUGCGGGUCUGCCGGGGAUUCCACCAGCAGCUUUCCUUAACCCCGCUGGACUGCCGUAUACGGAGCAGCUGUACCUGGAGCACCGCUACCAAUUGUUCCGCGCCGCCAGUGCCCAUCCCUCGCAUCCGCAUGCGGCCGCACUGUAUCCGCAAAUGGCCUCGCCCUACUCCCACCUCUACUCGAUGAUGCCGGGAGCAGCGCUGGGCAUCUCGCCGGCCAUGCACGACCGGAUCAAGCUAGAGGAGGAGCACCGGGCGCGAUUGGCGCGCGAGGAGGAGCGCGAGCGGGAAAUGCAGCGGGAGAAGGAGCGAGAGUUGCGCGAGCAGCGCGAGAAAGAGCAGCGGGAGAAGGAGCAGCGCGAGAAGGAGCAACGCGAGCGGGAGCGAGAGCAGCGUGAGAAGGAGCAGCGCGAGAAGGAGGCGCGGGAGCGCAAGCUCCGGGACGAGGAACGCGAGCGGGAACGGGAGCGUCAGCAGCUGCUGAACGCCUCGCACCAUUACUCCAAUCAGCUGUACUCCCCGCUGAACCGAAACCUCCUCGGCUCCAUGAUUCCUCAUAUCAAUCUUAGUCUACGCGGACCGCCGGGGGCGUUGCACGGCCUGCCCGGUAUGUCGCAUUACCACGCGGCAGCGGCCAACGCCCAGCGGCAGAGUCCGCAUGCCGCCAUGGGUCUCAAUCUGGGCAUGGCCGGCCUUCAAGGCGUGGGCGUCUCUCCACUUGGGGGCCACGGACCGCCCAAUCUGCAGCACCAUUUGCAGCAGGCGGCCAUGGGUUUGGCCCAUCCGGGGGCUGCUGGUCUCACGCAUCCCGGUUUCUCGGCUGCCGCCCUCGGGCUAAGUGCUCAUCCCCACAGCUUGAACCUCAGUCAUCCGCAUAUGUCGCCGCAUCAUCCCGCCUCGCUGGCUGCCCACCAGCUGCCGCCGCACACUUCGACGGCCGGCGGAGGAGGGCUUAGCAACUCCAUUCCCGUGACAGCCAGCUCCAGUCUAUCGGUGUCCUCGCCCCACAGCAGCCUGAACCUGACCUCGGCCGUGAAGCUCAACUCGGAGCAGGUGCCCACCUCGACGCCCAGCGGCGUCAGUGGGAGCGGCCUGCCGCCUACCACCUCCAGCUCGCACAUUCCCAGCAUGGGUUACUACCACCACCAUGGCCACCUGGCGGCCAUACAUGCAGCGGCGGCAGCCGCCAGCGGAAUGACCCCGACGGCCGCCCACCAACAGCAGCCGAUCUCGCUACCCAGCUCGCCCAAGAUCACGCCGCCCAUUACUCCGUCUGCCUCGGCAAAUGGCGGACGAGCGGGCGGCAGUCCGCAUGCUAUGAGGCAUCACAUUGCCGCCGCAGUGGCGGCAGCUGCUCAACAAUCAGCGCUCAUAGACAAGGCUGCCACGCCGGUUACCCAUGAACCGGCCACCUUGGACCUCACCGGAUCCAACUCGAACUCAAGUAACCAGGCUCCGUCGAACGCCAGCAGUGGCCAGCCAGCGAAUCACGAACUGAACGGCGCUGAGUCCAAUGGGGCUUCCCAGGGGGAUAGCAAGGAACAGGUGGCUGUCAUCAAGGAGGAUCCCCUGAAGAGCUCGCCGCCUCCAGUGGUGCUCGAAAAGAAGCCGGCCACGCCGAAUGCAGUUCCGGAGAAGCCCAUCCAUCCGGACAGCUCGCCGGAGAACGCGUCCCGACGCAGUGCCAGUCCACCGUCGGAGACAAACAACUCGCUGCCAGUGGCCAACGCUGCGGUAGCAUCAGAUGACAACAAGCCGCAGCUGGGCGUACUGGGUCGCAGCAACAGUGCGGAGGAGGCCACAGCAUUAUGACACCAACUCUUCACCAAUUCGAACAACUAACUAAUGAAAAACUACGGCGACAUUGGGAUGUACUUGCUGUCGGAACGGGCUCUCCACCAGCAGCGCAAGCGGAUGCUCGACGAGUUCCUGAAGCUCUAGGAACACCCAUAGGCCCCCAUAGAUUAUGUAAAUUCCAUAACAGAUAACAGAUUACAGAUCAGAUAUCAGAUAUUUGUUCGUUCUCGGUGUGUUACAAUCUCUAACGUGUUUACCCAACCAACCAGUUGAAUCCAAUUCCAACGCAAUUAGACAUUUUGACUUUGAAUUGGUGUAAGGAAAUCGUAUCUGCAUAAAAUGUAAAAUAUUGUGACAUAUUCCAAGUAUAAAAUAACAAUUACUCUCCCGAAGGUAAUACUAAUUUAAGGAUUUUAGGUAUACACAUCCUUGCAUAGAACUCUGAGUGUAGUUUUCGUGUGGAAAAAAAUGUUCAUUGCCCGAGCAACUUAAUGUUAGUUGUAAAGUUAGACUAAACUUCUGCUAAGAAAUUUAUAUAUAUACAACAGAAACAGAAAUUAUACAAGACAUACUGGGUAGCUAUAUUUUAUUCUUAAAUUGCUAAUUGCUAAUAAUUGUGAUUUGGAGAGUACGAAACAAACGAAACGAAAACAAAAACAAACUCGGAAGAUGUAUGAACAUGUAACUCGAAUACAAAGUGGGGAAAACGGAACUGAAAUUUAGAUAACAAAUCAAAUCAAAACCUAGAGAGAUAUUCUGGAAUGGAUUAGAAAGACCGCGAAUUAUUUUUCGAAAUUAAACCAUUUUUGUACGCCACCCUUUGGCCCUUAAUCGCAUUUUGGUUCGUUUUUUGUGAUUUAAAAGAUUUUAAAUUCAGACAAGACACAAACAGACAGACAUGCUAGCAAAUGCAGAUGUAACCACACACUAUAAUUGAUGUUUAUAGUAAGUAGUCAAUACAAUACCUUAAAAACCAAGCAAGCUCUCAAACAUAUAGAUCUAGUUUUCCCUCCCGUUUCCAGUCUUUGCCCCUCUAUCUUGUAUUUUCGUUUGAGAUUGCCUAAAAUCCACGACGAUGUGUGAAGUAAAACGGUUUAAAUAUAUAUUUUAAUGCAUAAAUCUCGAGCAAUCUGUGAUAUUAUAAUGAGAAAAUUAAAAAUUAAACCAAAAACUCGAAAAAGAAAAGCAACAUUGCGUAUGAGCCUCAAGCUAAAGCCAUUUGAGACCCGAUACUAUGGACUCUUUUCGUUAUCGAAGCAGACGAAAUGUUUUCAUUACAAUUCCGUACAAAUUCCGCCAUAUGCAAGUCAGACAUUUCCUUUGGACAAAACUAUGUGUAACGUACCAGUUAAACUGAAAACGAAUAUAUAUUUUAAUAACUAAUCGUAAUAGUUUCUCGAAUGACACACAGAUUGGCGCGCAUCUAGUAACGUAACCACAAAUGCCAUGCGAUAGCUAAUCAACUACUGCAACUACAACAUAGUUUCAAAUACAACCUAAACAAAAGUAAAGCAAGUAAAAGAAAAGAAUCGAGCGUAAAUUAAAUGUACUGUAACUAACUCCCCCUCAAUCUUCGUUGUGUGUGUAAACAGAAUACAAAGUGUAAAACAUUAAACUGUAAGCUAACCGAAACGCAAUCGAAGCAAAAAACUUGACCACAACAGCAGCAGGAACAGCAAUAGCAAUUAGAUGUAGAAAGGAGCGUCCGCGCCCAGGUCUGACGAUUAAAAUAGAUCUGAUAUAUCUAUAAGAAAAGGACUCACCAGCAGAGAACAGAUCCGGUGCUCACAAUUCACUUCUAGGCAGGCGGGCGCUCCUCUCUCAGAUCUCUACAUGACCACGGAUGGUAGUCGGGUUUAUAUCAACUCACUGGAGUCCCCACACAAUCGCGCAGCAAAGUAAAUAUGUAUGUAUGAGCGUUCAACCAAGUGGCAAACGAUAUGCGGAAACAAACAAUUAAACGAUAUUGUGCAACUUUACAUAAGGCAUUUAUGAUUUUAUGAAAUAAACUGUACUUAAGGAUA